UGAGCUCCUCUGCAGGGGGACGUUCACAAUGAAGUUUCUUCUGCUAAUUGUGGUCCUGCAGGCAUCUGCAUCUGGAGCUGCUCCCAGAAACAAUUACAGAGACACCCAGCGCAAUGAAACACAAUUUGCUGAAGUGUACUUGGAAAAAUUUUAUGGCCUUGAGAAUGAUAGAAUGCCAAAGACAAAAAUAAAAACCAACAUAAAUCACCUAACAGAAAAAAUCCAGGAAAUGCAGCAGUUCUUUGGGCUAGAGGUGACUGGGCUACUGGACACCCCUACUCUGAAGAUGAUGCAUGCACCUCGAUGUGGAGUGCCCGAUGUUCAGCAUUGGAAAAUCUCAUCACAGAGGUUGAAAUGGACGAAACACUACCUCACCUACAGAAUCUAUAAUUACACUCCUGACAUGAAGCAUGCAGAUGUUGACUAUGCAUUUCAGAAAGCUUUCCAAGUAUGGAGUGAUGUUACUCCUCUGAAAUUCAGAAGGAUUUAUGAAGGCGAGGCUGACAUUAUGAUAGGUUUUGCCUAUGCAGAUCAUGGAGACUUUUAUCCUUUUGACGGCAAAGGUGGAACCAUAGCCCAUGCAUUUUUCCCUGGACCUGGUAUUCAAGGAGAUGCACAUUUUGAUGAGGCUGAAACUUGGAGUAAAAGUACUCAAGACACAAACCUGUUUCUUGUUGCUGUUCAUGAGCUUGGCCAUUCCUUGGGACUGGAGCAUUCUAAUGACCGAAGAGCCAUAAUGUACCCCAAGUAUGGUUAUCUGAACCCCAACACAUUUCGUCUCUCUGCUGAUGACAUACGUAACAUUCAGUCCCUCUAUGGAGUCCCAGAGACAAACAGACCUGUGCCAAAACCUGAUGGUCCAUCACCAGCUGUAUGUGACCCCGACUUGAGUUUCGAUGCCGUCACAACAGUGGGAAACAAAAUCUUUUUCUUUAAAGACCAGUUCCUCUGGUUGAAACCGCUUGAGAGUUCCAGAACCACCGUCACUCUAAUUUCCUCCGUAUUUCCAACCAUACCAUCGGGUAUUGAAGCUGCUUAUGAAAUUGAACACAAAAAUGAACUUUUUCUUUUUAAAGGUGACAAAUACUGGUUAAUAAGAAAUUUGGUGCCACAGUCAUACUAUCCUAGGAGCAUAUAUACCCUGGGCUUCCCAAGGUCUGUGAAGAAAAUUGAUGCAGCUGUCUUCAACCCACUUCUCCAGAAGGUUUACUUCUUUGUGGGCAACCAGUAUUGGAGGUUUGAUGUGAGAAGGCAGUACAUGGACCCCAGUUACCCUCAGAUGAUCUCUACAUACUUCUCAGGAAUUGGGAAUUGGUCUAAAAUUGAUGCGGUCUUGUAUUUCAAAAGGAAGUACUAUUUCUUUCAAGGACCCAACCAGGUAGAAUACGAUCUUCUGUCUCAUCUUAUCACCAAAAAGCUGAAAAGCACAAGUUGGUUUGGUUGUCCAGAGUGAUGUGUUUAUUAGUUCACUUCAGUUUGAUUAGUAUUUAUUCCGUAGUUCUGUGUGCUCAGGGUACCACUACAUGGCAAUAAUGUUUCAUAAAAUGAAGAAAAACCUACAGACCACAGAUAAACGAUUGCACAAAAUUUAAACACUUUUUCAAACCUUUGUACUCGAUUCUAUUUCUUAGUUUUGAAGAUAGAUGCCUUCAAAGGCCAACAGUGACUUCUGGAGACUUCUUUCAUAAAUUGCUUCCUAACAACUUUGGGAUUGAGAAAUUAGA